GGGCAGCGGCAGCGCUGACUCUCGACUGCCGUGUGGUGCCAGCGCGCCCGCUCGGCGGGACCGCCCGCGAGGAGCCGGCGGCAGUCCUGCAGUCUUCCCUUGGUCUGCUGCGUGAAGAAUGAUGAUUCCAUGAGAGAACUUCCUUUCCCUUACGUGUCUACUGCUACUUCAUGCUGCUCCUGGCCAGUGAUGAGCCAUUCUGCUAGACUGGGAUUUACCCUGAGGAGGGGAGAGGCAGAAUAUGAAUUGUAGACAUCCCGUCAAGUUUCUCACACACUCUUUUUACUGUGUCUGUAUAUAAAUCUGCUAGUAUCAAGCACACACACUCUUUGAAACCUACACUGGUGUUUACGCAGUUGCUGCUGUGUAAGAGGACUGUUAUUUCUUACCAUCAUGGCUUCAGUUUGGAAAAGACUGCAGCGUGUUGGGAAACAUGCAUCCAAGUUCCAGUUUGUGGCCUCUUACCAGGAACUGAUGGUUGAGUGCACCAAAAAAUGGCAGCCAGAUAAACUGGUGGUGGUUUGGACAAGAAGAAGCAGAAGAAAAUCCUCUAAGGCACACAGCUGGCAGCCUGGAAUCAAGAACCCAUACCGUGGGGUGGUGGUGUGGCCUGUACCUGAAAAUGUCGAAAUUACUGUGACUCUCUUCAAGGAUCCCCACGCUGAAGAGUUUGAAGACAAGGAGUGGAUGUUUGUCAUAGAGAACGAAUCUCCUUCUGGACGUAGAAAAGCACUUGCCACCAGCAGCAUCAACAUGAAGCAAUAUGCCAGCCCCAUGCCUACACAGACAGAUGUCAGGUUAAAAUUCAAGCCCCUGUCUAAGAAAGUGGUAUCUGCCACACUACAGUUCUCCUUAUCUUGUAUUUUCCUGAGGGAAGGAAAAGCCACGGAUGAAGACAUGCAAAGCCUGGCUAGUUUGAUGAGUAUGAAACAAGCUGAUAUUGGUAACCUAGAUGAUUUUGAGGAAGACAAUGAAGAAGACGAAGAAAACAGAGUGAAUCAAGAGGAAAAGGCUGCAAAAAUUACAGAAAUUGUAAACCAGUUGAAUGCUCUGAGCAGCUUAGAUGAAGAUCAAGAUGACUGCAUAAAGCGAGCAAAUAUGCCUUCAGCUAAAUCAGCCAGUUCCUCUGAAGAGCUUAUCAAUAAGCUUAAUUUUCUGGAUGAAGGGGAGCAAGACCUGGCCAACUCCAGCACGAACCCUUUUGGUGAUCCUGACACAGCAGAAUUAAAUCCAUUUGGAGACCCUGAUGUCGAAGAACUUCACCCUAAAAGAGCUUUGUCUUCAAAGCCAGAAGAAAGUUUCUAUGUUGACAGCUACAAUCCCUUCAAGGAUGAAGAAGACCCAGAGUACUUAAACCCAUUUGAUGAGCCAGAUCACCCCCCUGAAGCACCUGGAAGUGUAAGAGAUUCUCCUCCACAACCUGCAAAAAGGAAAAUCAUCAGGCCAGUGGAUAUGAGCAAAUACCUCUAUGCAGAUACCUCUAAAGCUGAGGAGGAAGAGCUGGAUGAAUCCAAUCCAUUUUAUGAACCAAAAUCAAGCCCUGCUUUAAUUAAAGUUGCUCUGCAAGAGCCAGAAAAGAAGAUUAAAAGAAAGGCUCCUGAACCCCCAAACCUCUUGCCAAAGACAGAGAUGGUCAUGGGUGAGAACGUGUCAGCAAUUCCUGCAUCGAGGGAGUUUUCCUCCUCUCCUAAGCCAAGCCCAAUACCAAGUCCUGUUUUGGGGAGAAAGCCAAAUGCUAGUCAGUCAUUGCUCGUGUGGUGCAAAGAAGUUACAAAAAACUACAGGGGAGUGAAAAUCACCAAUUUUACCACGUCGUGGAGAAAUGGUUUAUCCUUUUGUGCAAUAUUACAUCAUUUUAGACCAGACCUGAUUGACUACAAGUCCCUGAAUCCUCAAGAUAUUAAAGAGAACAACAAAAAGGCUUACGACGGGUUUGCCAGCUUGGGAAUAUCGCGAUUGCUGGAGCCUUCGGACAUGGUUUUGUUAGCCAUCCCUGACAAACUGACUGUUAUGACCUAUCUCUAUCAGAUAAGGGCACAUUUCUGCGGCCAGGAGCUGAACGUGGUUCAGAUAGAGGAGAACAGCAGUAAGAGCACGUACAAAGUGGGUAACUACGAGACGGACACAAACAGUUCUGUGGACCAGGAGAAGUUCUACGCGGAGCUGAACGACCUGAAGCGGGAGCCCGAGCUGCACCCACUGGACGGUGGUUUGGCAGACUUUGCCUCUCAGGAUGACUCCGUGUUUGUGAACGACAGCGGAGUUGGCGAAUCUGAGAGCGAGCAUCAGACUCCUGAUGACCACCUAAGCCCGAGCACGGCUUCCCCUUCUUCACGGAGGACUCGAAGUGACACGGAUCCGCAGAAAUCCCAGCAGAGCUCUGGAAGGACUUCGGCCUCUGAAGAAAUUGGGAAGUGUAGCAGUACAGACGCAACACAAGUGCAGCCCGUGUUGGGAAGGAAGAAAUUGCUGAUAACUGACACCUUAGACUUCAGUGACUUAGCACAUGUCAGUGAUCAAAAAGAGGAUAUGUCUCCCACAGUUGCCUGUGAAGAUAACAACAAGAAGAGACACCAGAGCUUAGACAGUACCCCUGGUUUCUCAGAGCAAGAAAAGCUGGGUUGUAUAGGAUCCACAGAGAGCACAAGAGCAGAUCCUGGUUCACCUGUCACAAAACCGAGUUUAUCUCCUACUUCUAAGCCUGGAUACUCCUAUAAUAUGGAUAUGGAUCUUGCAAAGAAACCACAUGCUUCUCUGAGGCAAACAGAAUCUGAUUCUGACAGCGAUGCCAGAACAGCUUUAAAUCAUGCAGAUCAAACUGCAAAAACAGCCCAGCAACGUAUGUUGUCAAGACAGGAAGAACUUAAAGAACGAGCGAGAGUUCUGCUUGAGCAAGCAAGAAGAGAUGCAGCAUUAAAGGCAGGGAAUAAACAGCUAACCAGUACCCUCAUCCCAGCCCGCAAUAAGCAGCUGAAUGAUCAGCAAGAUGAAGAGCGGCGUCGGCAGCUGAGAGAGAGAGCUCGUCAGCUAAUAGCAGAAGCUCGAUCUGGAGUGAAGAUGUCAGAACUUCCCAGCUACACUGAAAUGGCUGCAGAAAAGUUGAAAGAAAGGUCAAAGGCAUCUGGAGAUGAGGAUGAGGAUGAUGAUAAUAUUGAGAUAGAUACUAAUGAGGAGGCUCCUGAAUGCUCUGUUACUGGAGGUGGAGAUGAACUUACUAACCUAGAAAAUGACCUUGAUUCAACGGAGCAAAACAGUAAGUUGGUGGAUUUGAAGCUGAAGAAGCUCCUAGAAGCUCAGCCACAGGUGGCAAAUUCACUCUCCAGUGCUGCUCAGAAAACUGUAACAGAUAGCUCAGAGCAAGACAUUCAGAAUGGAACAGAGGAACAUCAUGCUGAGCGAUCACAAAAAGCAGCAGAACGGUUUAGAAAUCCCGUUGUGUUCAGCAAGGACUCGACCGUCAGGAAAACUCAGCUCCAGUCUUUCAGUCAAUACGUGGAGAGCAGACCAGAGAUGAAAAGGCAGAGAUCAAUACAGGAAGAUACAAAGAGAGGAAAUGAGGAGAAGGCUGCGAUAGCUGAGACUCAGAGGAAGCCAUCAGAAGAUGAAGUGCUUAAUAAAGGGUUCAAAGACACCAGUCAGUAUGUUGUAGGAGAAUUGGCAGCACUAGAGAAUGAGCAAAAGCAAAUUGACACCCGUGCCGCGCUGGUGGAGAAGCGCCUUCGCUAUCUCAUGGACACAGGAAGAAACACAGAAGAAGAAGAAGCUAUGAUGCAGGAGUGGUUCAUGCUGGUUAAUAAGAAGAAUGCCUUAAUAAGACGAAUGAACCAGCUUUCUCUUCUGGAAAAAGAACAUGACCUAGAAAGGCGUUACGAGCUGCUGAACCGGGAGCUCAGAGCAAUGCUGGCUAUUGAAGACUGGCAGAAGACCGAGGCGCAGAAGAGGCGAGAGCAGCUCUUGCUGGACGAACUCGUUAUUCUCGUUAAUAAACGGGACGCGCUGGUCAGGGACUUGGACGCCCAGGAGAAGCAGGCCGAGGAAGAGGACGAGCAUUUGGAGAGGACCCUCGAGCAAAACAAAGGCAAGAUGGCCAAGAAGGAAGAGAAAUGCAUUCUCCAGUGA